UUCUCGCACUUCGCAAUUUUAUUAGUGAGACAAAAAAGAGUACCUUGCUGAAUUUCUAAAAUUAUCUACGAUUUCUUCUAUUUCACUUCAUUUGUUAAUUGUUUUAUCUCAAAAUUCUUUCCAGUACUUUCUCAUUUCUAAAUUAUAAUUCUUUAACACACGAUCGGCGUCGAAUAUUUAGUUUUUGUUUUAGUUCUGAACAUACUUGAAAACACUUGCUUCUUGGCGAAUCCCCCGUACUGGGUAUGCGCCACCAUUUGGAAACAAGACAGGCGUUAAACACCCUGAUGAACUGGGACAUCAAAUAACAAAAUAAUAAGCGCAGGCGGACAAAGAAUUGAUCCCUGCGGUAUACCUCUCAUCUGUGUACAUGUACCCAAAGUCACCCCAUACCUUAGACAAAAGAAGUGACUACUAGCAAGAAACUCUUUUAUCCAGACCACAUAUACUCGGCAACAGCACAGCUGACUAAUUUAGAAAUUAAAUACGUCUGUCUGACCGGCGGUUCUUCAUCGUUAAAUUAUAUUAUGUACCGUAAAUUGACAUCACAAUUUGUACGUGUUCCUUCGAUCAAUGCCCUGCUGUGGUUAUAUCUUCCCUUGUUUUUGUUACAUCACCAAACUCUGGCACGAAAGUGACUUCGUGCGGAAGAAGAAGAGACAUUUCUAGAAGAAGCAGAAGAAGAAGAAGAAAAGGCGACAGCUCUGAUCGUCCCCAGAGUCCCUGGCCGGCCGAGACCAAGUCACAGAUGCCGUCACGGUCAACUGAAGCGAUUGGGCAGGCCACCGAGCGUGAAGGAGGAGUGGUUCACCAGGAUGAAUAUCCGGACGGAUGGAGGCCACCAAGUCCAGGCGGUCCCCGGAGAGUACGCCGCUCGGCAGGCAGCGUUGAAUUGGCGUGUCGGAAGACAGUGUCAAGCCAAUCGUUUCUGAGUGACGAGGUCGUGCAGCGACUGCGUUCCCUGGCGAGGGAAGGCGCGCGCGGUCGCAGCCCCAGGACGGAGCGGCUCCUGCGCCGUGCGGUCCGCCUCGAGACUUUCGUCCUGUGCGCUGCGCUCGGAACCGUUGCACUGGUGGCCUCGCUGGUGGUGUACUUCGUGUUCCGAGGCACCGCGGCAUCCGGAGAGCUGGCACGCGCCGCCUGGUGCCACAGCGUGGCAUGCGACUUGCUGGCGACAUCUGUGCUGAGCCAACUGAACCGGAGCGUCGACCCCUGCCGCGACAUCCAGGCGCACGUCUGCAGUCGCUUGAAGUGGGACAGCGACCUGACCACGGACACUGACACCGACAUGAUGCGCCAGUGGUACAAGCGCGGCGCCACCUUCCUCGAGACCAAAACAACACCCGAAGCGGCGUUUUCCCUUUACCGUGCCUGCAUGAACCCGGACAAAAACGACGUCGCCCAUCUGGCGGCGUUCAUGCGGGAACGAGGCCUCCUGUGGCCCGAGUACGGCUCUUCUGGUCGCCAUGCGCUCUACGUGGUCCUCGACCUGCUAAUCAACUGGGGCGUACCCUUCUGGUUCGAAAUGAGCCUACGCCGGCUGCCCAACGAGUCGAGGUACAGCCUGUACAUCAACUACGUCAGGACGAUGGACACGUGCCAGCGGCGAAAGCAAGUGUCGGCCGACGCGGGAUUCUUGAAGAGCUACGCCAGCAACCUGUACAGCGUGUUCGGGGCCUCCGAGGCUGCGCGUUCCCGCAUCCCGACGCUGUUGCGACAGGAGGCCGUCAUGCACAACAUCGUCGCGUCGCCCGAAGCGCGGGGCCAAACGCGCGGAGCCGGCUUGUCUGUGAUGGCGGUUCCGCUGUUCUCGGUCUCGCACUACACGCCGCGCAUCAGCGCCGAGAUGUGGCUCUCGUAUCUGAACGCGCACUUGAGUCCGCACCGUCUACAGGCUGACGACAAGGUGCUGGUGGACGACGUAGGCCGGGCGCGCUGGACGAUCGCGCUCUUCAAUAACUUCAGCAACGACGACCUGCUCUACACGUUAGGCUGGUGGUUCGCGCAGAAAUACACGGUAGUGACGUCGAUGGACGGCGGCCUCGCUUCGUACGGAAGCGCAACCGUGGCGCAGACAAACCGGCCGAUCGACUGCUACGCGGUCACCGAGAGCCGAUUCCGGAGGCAGCUGUUCCACGAGAGGGCGCAGGCGUCGCUGGGCAGCGCUGGGCUGCAACGGGCGGCUGAACUACUCGCAAACAUACGAAACACCACCAUCGCCAUGGUCAAGUUGCUGCCCUGGCUUGACGAGGAAGCGCGCAACGAAGCAGCUCUCAUAGUGCGAGCCACACAGUUCGAGCCAUGGACGUCCGAGUUUCGCAUCAACACCGCAGGUUGGCCGUUGCUGCCACCCACUAGCCAAAAACGGAAUGCUGAAGACCGCGCGGUUCCACACGAACCUGCUCGUCUUUUCACAUCUGCGCCCAGGAAGACGCAUCUUUCCGAGCCUCAGAGGGAACCAGCCAGCUCGAAAAAAAAUGGCCGUGACCGAGAACUGGCAGGGAAAGGCUCGAGCGGUUCGUGGAGCGCGGAAGAAUUCAUAACGUUUCCCGUGCGCCCGCCUCGUCAAGGCCGUCGAUCGAGAGGACUGCCAACUGACGAGCGGAGCUUCAGCGAGCGCCGCCAGGUAGUGCGGGCGUAUUUCUCUACGGCCGUCAAGGGAUGGAUCGAGUCAGCGAGUGUCUACAAGCACACUUUCCCGAACUGGCCGCUUGAAGACUCGCUACUCCACAGGCACCUUUCUGCCGCGCAAUUGGCGCGCUACGACUACUGGUGGAACUCGGUGUUCUUCCAAAUGGGCGCCUUCGCCGAGCCCCUCUUCUAUCCAGACGCCUCCAUGUCCGCAAACUACGGAGGGCUGGGUUUCUUGGUGGCGAGAAACCUCUUCAAGGCCUUCGACUUCAAGCGGGGCACCCGGCUGGACGCCAAGCGCCAACUUCGUGACUGGAUGUCCCAUUCUAGCCGGCGGUCGUACGAGCGUAAGAGGGCGUGCGCAGGACACGACGACGAAGUGCUGGCUCACGUCGCCGCGCUGGAGAUCGCGUUCGCCGCUUUCGUUCGCUCGACGGCCGAGAGCAGGAGCGGCGACGAAGGCCAUCCGGAGCGCCGCUUGCUUCCGGGCCAGAGCGAGACGUUGUCUCCCGAGAUGCUCUUCUUCCUCGUCUACUGUCGCGCCUUGUGCGACUCGCCGCUGGGCUGCGGAGAGGUUCUGAAGCGUGUGAAGCGCUUCGGUCGAGCAUUUCAGUGCAGCCAGGACUCGCCGAUGGCUUCGAUGCCCAGCUGCACCUUCUUCGCGGAAUGAGCGCGCUGAGCUGUGCACAGACGGAACUUUGCCCGAAGGGCCCAGAGGAGAUUAUUGUGCUGCAGUGUUGUUAACCUUCCUUGCCGUACUGUGUCUGCGUACGGUGUACUGUGCUUUGUCGUAAUGUCAUCACUUUCCUUCGGUAUAGCCCCGCAUUUAUCAGAAAAUACUGUUCGUACGAAUUCGCUUCAUUUUAGCUUGCGUUUGUGCUUAGCGGUGCAGUAGGAGCGCAUGGACUGGUAGUGUCUGCACCGAUUGGCUGUUAGUACUUGCCACGGAAACUGCUUGCCUGAAAGAGCGGCGAGGACAGUGUUACUAAGACAAAAGUAUUUCAGAGGCUACUCACUUUUGCUGUCAGCGGCUAAUAUAGCUAGUUUUUGUUGAAUUGAGUUACCUUUUCAUUAUAUUCGGUCAGUUAAUGCUUCUAGCGCUUUUCCACUCUAAUACAGCUGUGUAGGUAACGGAGUGGUGCAGUUCUAUAAAGCUAUAGGCUUAUGGAAAGUGCACGUAUGAAAUGUGCAGAAUAUCAGUUAUAAGCCGAUUCAGACUGCAGUCGUUUUCUGUAACUCUUGCAGCAGCUUUUCAAAAGCUACGGAUGAGGUGAAAGUAUGAUUAGCCAAAAAUGCAUAAACAAUUGUUUUGAAAUCGCAGUAUACCCAUCGUAAAAAAUUUACAAGGCUAGUAAUCCUUUAGUAGAAAACUACUUCAUAAGCUACUGCUAGCUUAACUCCCUGCUAUGCUCUAACUAUCAAGGUCAGCUAGCAGUAGCCUCUCAGCUAGCCCGAAGUCAUUAAAUGUAAUGACCUGGGGAGGCAUUAAGUGCUGGAGACAAUGAAAGCUGGGAUGAAACGCUCAUAUCAUAUUGUGUACAUCUUUUUUGUCGUUAUUUCUUGCUAGCUUUACCAUUUGUUCAGAAACUAUAACAUUUCACGUGACGACGUUGUUUUCUAUGCAUAAGAUACAUUUUAACGGCA